CUCUCAUAUCUCUCUGAGUAUUUUUGUAUCUGACCUGGGAUUCGACAACAAAGUUGACGGUAAAGACAACACUGGAGCUAUGAGACCAAGAUAAGAAUGUGUUGAACCAGAGAACGUGUUGUGUCUCUCACAAGUAGCUCUGUUUUUCAAACUCAGGUCCUCAGCUCCUUUGACUCGUCUGGUUGGUUGGCUGAGAUCGUUCUAAUUCUUUCUGUUCUGUGGGAAUUGUUUUGAGCUGGUAGGCCGGUUCAGGGACACCUAGUCCCUACGUGACUUGAGUCCACUUGAGGGACGUCACCAACAGAAGGGUCAGAGGGCGACGGUGAGGUCACCGACCAGAGUGAGAGACUGGAGCAAGAGAGCUUGGCAAUUGGACCCAACAUGGAGGGGUACGGCUACGAACACUUUGGGGUGGAUGGAGAGCGGGACAGCCACCAGAUGGACUACCGGAGGAUCGUAGGGGACACAGAGCUACCCCGUCCCAGCUCCAACCCCUCACCCCAAGACGCGGAGCACCUCUUCCGCCUCAGCCCCCAUGUACAUGGGCAUGGGCACGGGCAUGAGACGGCCGCACAGCGAUACAGUGCCACCCGCAUCCAGGCUGGUUUUGGCCCCGAGAGCAUGGCUGAUUUCCUGAUCAGUGGUGGUACGGGCUAUGUCCCAGAAGAUGGACUCUCUGCACAACAGCUUUUCUCCGUUGGAGACGGCCUCACCUACAAAUCUGCUCAACAACAGUCUGUUGUCGCUGAUGGUCAAACGGCAGAAGAGCUAUGCUCUAAAGGCGACGGGUUGACUUACAACGACUUCCUGAUUCUGCCGGGCUUCAUUGAUUUUACCUCAGACGAUGUGGACCUGACCUCUGCCCUGACCAGGAAGAUCACCCUGAAGACGCCUCUCAUCUCCUCCCCCAUGGACACAGUCACAGAGUCAUCGAUGGCCAUCGCCAUGGCGCUCAUGGGAGGCAUCGGCCUCAUCCAUCACAACUGCACCCCUGAAUUCCAAGCCAACGAGGUCCGCAAGGUUAAGAGGUUUGAGCAGGGCUUCAUCACAGACCCUCUUGUAAUGAGCCCGCGUCACACGGUGGGGGACGUGUUCGAGGCCAAGACUCGCCACGGCUUCUCCGGCAUCCCCGUCACCGAGACCGGCAAGAUGGGCAGCAAGCUGGUGGGCAUCAUCACCUCCAGAGACAUCGACUUCCUCUCCGAGAAGGACCACAGCCGACCACUGGAGGAGGCCAUGACUAAGAGGGAGGAGCUAGUGGUGGCCCCAGCCGGUGUCACGCUGAAAGAGGCUAACGACAUUCUACAGCGGAGCAAAAAAGGCAAGCUGCCCAUCGUGAACGACAGUGACGAGCUGGUGGCCAUCAUCGCCAGGACAGACUUGAAGAAGAACAGGGACUACCCGCUGGCCUCUAAAGACUCUCGCAAACAGCUGCUGUGCGGAGCCGCCAUCGGCACCAGGGACGACGACAAGUACAGACUGGACCUACUGAUGCAGGCUGGGGUCGACGUGGUCGUACUGGAUUCCUCACAAGGCAACUCUGUGUAUCAGGUCAACAUGAUCAACUACAUCAAACAGAAGUACAGCGAGCUGCAGGUGGUGGGUGGGAACGUGGUGACGGCAGCCCAGGCCAAGAACCUGAUUGAUGCAGGAGUGGACGCUCUGAGAGUGGGCAUGGGCUGUGGCUCCAUCUGUAUCACCCAGGAAGUGAUGGCGUGCGGGCGGCCUCAGGGCACCUCGGUGUAUAAGGUGGCAGAGUAUGCUAGACGUUUCGGUGUGCCAGUCAUCGCAGACGGCGGCAUUCAGACCGUGGGCCACGUGGUCAAGGCUCUCUCACUUGGGGCAUCCACAGUGAUGAUGGGCUCGUUGCUAGCGGCGACCACGGAGGCUCCGGGGGAGUACUUCUUCUCGGACGGCGUGCGGCUGAAGAAGUACCGCGGCAUGGGCUCUCUGGACGCCAUGGAGAAGAGCACCAGCAGCCAGAAACGCUACUUCAGUGAAGGGGACAAGGUGAAGGUGGCUCAGGGUGUGUCUGGCUCUGUCCAGGACAAGGGCUCCAUCCACAAGUUUAUCCCCUACCUGAUCGCUGGCAUCCAACACGGCUGUCAGGACAUCGGCGCCAAGAGUCUCUCUGUUCUACGCUCCAUGAUGUACUCUGGAGAGCUGAAGUUUGAGAAGAGGACCACGUCCGCUCAGGUGGAAGGAGGAGUCCAUGGGCUUCACUCUUACGAGAAACGACUUUACUGAUGGAGGGGCCAGAAAGAAGCGGACUUGGGCCGCCCCCGACGUCCCCACCCCUGUUGUGACCAAACGUAACCGCCACAUCUGACACCCACCUCAUCACUCCCUGCCGACACCCCACACACCCCACGGGAGAGGUCUGGGGGGAACACCUGCAAAACAAACACCAUCACCUGGGAAACUUGGGAUUUUGCACUUACGAAGCGGAACAUCAGGGUUUUCACCAUAACCCCCUCCAAGAAUACCGGUCCCCUUGGUGUGUGUGAGAGCUUGUUGAAGGAAGUAUUUGAUUGUGUGUGUGUGCGUGUGUGUGUGAGAGAGAGUGUGUGUGUGAGAGAGAGAGUGUGUGUGAGGACAAACUCAGUGAAGAAGGUGCUGUUGUGCCAACUUCCUCUUCCUGGUGAAACUGAGAGAGCCAUGCUGUCACCCCUCUGUAUUCUUUGGGAUCUGCUCGUACCGGCACCUCCACAUCAGAAGCCACAAAUAUCCCAAUCAAACUAUAUAUGUGGAAAAACACUUGUCUUGCUACUCUGUGUGCAAGUGUAUUGUGGCAAUCCUCCUUUAUCUAUGUAGUUAGCUCUGUUUAUGCAGAAAGAUGUUAACUGCUCUGAGAAACGUAUAUUGUUCUGUUAAACUUUUCACUGUAAUUCAACUGACAGACUCAUUGGCUGGGACUAUAGACUAGGUGACGUUCCCUCGCUGUAGUGGCCAAGUCAUACCCCCCUUAGGCCACUAGUUUAUUGGCUCACGUUGACUACCACAAUGCUUCUAGUGUGUUGAGAGCACGGCCGGGGCCAAAAGAUAGACAUCGGCCAUAGAUCAAGGAACGUGUUUAAAAUCACAGUGUCGGUCAACGAUGGGUAAUACGGUCAUCUUUUAGACUGGAAUGAAACGAGUUUAGAGAGAAUUGUUUGAUUUUAAAAGCUGUAAACCAGGGUUCCCCAACUGGCAGCCCACGUGCCAAAUUUGACCCACGUGGUUUCAUUUGGCCCCCCCAGUAAUUAAAUUAUUAUUGUGCUUGGAACAAAAGAGUGUAAAAACACCAGUUAAUUAGAACCAAGUGAUUUUAAUUUUGGAAAUUUGUUACCAAGUAUUCAUACAGAUAAUACAGAGAUGUGAUUGUAUACAAUCACAUAAGCAAGGUUUGAAAUUAUUGUUUAAGUCAUAAUAUAUCUGUUUGGGCCUCCUGCGGUCAAUUUGCAGUCUACAAAUGAUUUGUAAUUAUGUUCCGGCCCAUCCACCCAGGAAAUGGUCCCGCGGCUGAAUGUAGAUGCCGAUCUCUGCUGAAGAACGUCCCAGUGGCUCUAAGGAGCAUGAAGGCUUUUCAUAUGCAUGCUUUUUAGUUUUUUAAAGCCUCAACGCGGCUCUAUUUAUAUUCCGCUUUUUUCUAAUUCCGUACAUACUGCCAAAUGUAUCAACAUGCUCUCUUUGACACUUUGGUGUUAUUAAUACUUAAAGCCCAAAUUAAAGCUAUGAAUCGCCAGCAGUGUAGUCCCUCGCUCCACCCCUGUCCCAGGUUGUGGCACCGAUUGCUAGCAGCUUUGACCUGUUCUGAUUACCAGAGUUAUGCCUUGAAAUGGGGGUAGAUGAUGACCGCACACGACGGAAAGUCUUAAAUUCCCGUAAGAACUGUGUUGUAUGUGCAUGGCGCUAUACGUCCUCCUCACCCCCUUUCUCACUGUUUUGAGAUACUGUAUCUAUAUCAUUCAGCUUAUGUAGGAAUAGAUUUUUCUAACGUUUUUCGUAAACGGAUGUCCUUUUUGCCAGAUGUCUCUAAGCUGUAGGAGUGACCUUCUUUCCGUUUUGUGCUCAUGUACUUUGCCCUACCGGGACCUCACUUGACUAGCAGUACUCUUACAGUUGACAUGAAUAUUAAGUAAAUAUGUACAUGAAGAUGUAUGGAUAAUUAUAUACCUGUAUCCUGUUUGAAAUGGUUGUUUGCCGUCUCCCACCUUUUAGUUAUGAAAAUCCCCACUGACUAGGAAACAGGCCUUGUUUACAAUGGGAUUACAACAGAAACCGGCUGCUAAUGCUGUAAAAAAAAAAAUACAUGUCCAAAUAUGUUGA